AUGGAGUUUUCCAUCAAAGGAGUUGAGAAGGCCAUACGCGUAGACGAGGAGACUGCGGUGAUUGUAAGCUCCCGCAGGGCGGGCGCGGACCAAUGGCGCCUGGUCACGGAGAAGGGGCCCUUCAUCCCCAGCGAGGACGACGAUGAGGUCCUGGAGAGCAAGAUCAUCAAGGUGGACCCACAUCAUGUGUACAUCGUGACCACGCGAGACGGCACGAAGAAGUUCAUCAAUGGUGGCAACAAUGGCACCGCCUUCUUUCUGCAGCCCUACGAGCAGAUCAACACCAUGCGCUGGAGCUCCGGGACGUCUCAGAAGGAUUUGGCAGAAGGCAAGAUCAACAAUGCUGCAAAGCCCACUUUCUUGGUAGAAGUGAGCUGUAUUGAUACCAGGUGGCAGGAUGCUCAAUUCAUGUUUGCGGUUCAAACCUCAGACAAUGUGAAGCUGAACCUGGAGGGCCACAUUUUUUGGCAGAUCCAGGAUGUCCCCAAGAUGUUUGCCAACACCAACGACCCCAAGGGGGACGUUUGGAAGAACACUCGACGGGUGCUGAAUGAGGUCGUUUCCAAGGUCACUUUGGCCGAGUUCAUGGAAUCCUUCAACGAUUUGGUGAAGAAUGCCACCACUGCUGACGCUGAGUUCUAUGGGCUCCGUGGCACACGGGUGCAUCGUGUAGAGGUCACUGGAUACACCUGUGCAGAUAAGAGGACGGAGCAAACAUUGCAGGAGGUGAACCAAGAGACCACCAACAAGAUCAACCGGAUCAGGAAGCAGGAGUCUGAGAACGAGGUUGAGCAAGCCAAGAUGGAGGCGCUCAUUCACUUAGAGCAGCAACGUUCCAAGCUGAUUGAAGCACAGGCAGAGAAUGAGCGCCGAAAGGCUUCCUUUGAGGGAGCUGCUAAGGGAGUUCAGCUCGCUGAGCAGGUGAAGUCCUUCAUGUCGAUGUUGAAUGACUCAUUGCCUGAGACCUCCGACCGCUUGUUGUUGCUGAAACUCUUCGAGCAGAACAAGGCCAUGGUGGAAAACUCGGGAAAACUGGCUGGUGGCAAUGCAACACUCUUCGUGACACCUGAAGACAUGCAGGAUCCUUUGCUCUUGAAGUUUCUUUCAAUGAGUGCAGAGCAUGACAUGCGCCUUGAAGUGGCUGCAGAGUACCUUUUGCAGCAUCCGCAGGGUCCAACUAUGCAGAUUCCACUGCUAGCAGCACGACACGGCUAUCCAGAGGUCCUGCAAGCUUACGUGGCAAUGACGCGCUCAGACCAGCAGGAGAGAGCCUCACAAUUCCUUGCUGAUGGCGACAUACCACAAGCCGUGCUUGCUUUAGCCUGCGCAAGGCAAGAUGAUCAGGCCGUGCAGGUGGCAACUGAUGCGUUGACCACGCUCUUUCAACGUCCGGGUGGGUGGACAUUAGCCGAGGCACGGCAGCUCUUAGAGCCCUUGGAAUCGUUGCCAAUCCAAGAUCUGGGUGUGAAGGAGACAUGUUGA